UAGAAUUAAUUAAUUAAUUAAUUAAUUAAUAUUCAUAUUUUGAGAAAAACGUUCACACAGUGUCACUAUAAAUCAAUAAGGUGAAGGAUUUACCCUUGACUUGUGACAAACAAAAUGCUUGCUCAAAAGAAAAUGGUGAAAUGAUUGUUGGAAUUAUACAUGUUGCUAUACGAGGAUUGAAAUGGAAAUUUUAGCCUGUUGAAAACGAUGAUUUGUCGAAACGUAUUUUUACAGAUAUAUCAAGGAAAACUUUCUUCAAAAGUGUCGAUAAAUAUAUGAGAACUGCAGUCGAGAAAUGAUCGAACUUUUUUAAUCAUUCUGUCAACAUGAUAUAAAUGGUCGUAUGAUGAAUAAAACAAUUGCAUACAGGAAAGUCAAUACUUAUUUACAAUUCUUAUAAUUAGUAACUACAUACAUUUCUAUUACACUGUUCAUAUUAUUACAGCUACGUGCAGUAUAUGAGAUUGUGCAACAAAAGUUUUGUAAAAUUAAUUGUUGCCUUAACUCACUGGGUCCCAAGAUGAUUAUUAAUUUCAGGCCUCGACGAAGUCUAUAUAUCUGUAUUUUUUUGCAAAUAAUUAUUGGAAUCUUCUAGCACAGUUCUAAUAGUGAAAGAAUUUCAGAAAUCGUCAGUCAACUGUUUCUAGAAUGAAUAGAAUUUCAUAGUUGAAAAUAUGGGUUUUAUGCGUUUUGUACAACCAGUUCCUGGACUUUCCAGUUGUAUUGUUAGCUCGUCCCACCACCAGUGCUUUAAUGACAGAAACGGUAUGGAGGGGCAUACAAAAGUGGCGUACGAAGGAACACACGAGGUAGUCAUCGAUUCUGAGCAAGUGCACUUAUUCGAAGAUUGCUCGAGUAGAACUGAGAAUUGCGUGUGGAGAGAUGGCCAAACUUAUAAUACUGUUCUCGUUGCUUUCCUGCGUUCCAAUAUUCAUUGACGCACAGUACGAAGGUGAUCUAUGCACUAUUGAUGGCUCAUCCGGUGUUUGCGUACUCCUUGACGAGGAAAAGUGUCCUUCAGUUUAUCAAAAUUUGCUGGCAGGGAUCACUCCAUCUUCAAUAUGUGGAUAUAAAGGCUUCAUGCCGAUCAUAUGCUGCCCAACUAAAUUUAGUACUUCUACAACGAAAGCUACAACCACAAUUAGAACUACAACUACGAGUAGACCUACAACUAGAACUACGACAACUACGACAACUUCGUCUUCAGUUAUCGAUGAUCGGCCGUCAUUAAAUCGCGUAGGAGCGAAAGCAAGAGCGAAAUGCGAGGAAUAUUCCAAAUCGGUGUACGCGCUCGUACACUCCCCGGUUCUAACAUUGAAUCAGAAGCUGGUGAACGUGUCUUUAUGCGGGAUUAAGACUCGCAAAUUGAUCGUCGGUGGUACAAAAGCCGAGUCAAAGGAAUUCCCGCAUAUGGCUGCGAUCGGUUAUGACAGCAGGAACGGCGUCGUCUGGCAAUGCGGUGGCACGGGUAAAGCAAAUUGGGCACGAUUAGGCGAUUUGAAUCUCAUAAAAACGGACGACGACGCGAGGCCGCAAGACUUUCAUAUUGUCCAACGAAUAAGGCAUCCUGAGUACAGCAUACAACACUCGUACCACGAUAUCGCGCUUUUCAAAUUAGAGAAAAACGUAGAAUUUAACGCGUACGUAAGGCCCAGUUGCUUACCAUACUCUUCAUCGGAUGUUGGUACCGAAAAUAAAGCAACCGCGACCGGAUGGGGAGCCAAUGAAUAUUUUGGUGAUCCGACGAACGAUUUAUUGAAAGUGACGAUUAAUUUGGUGCCCCAAUCAAUCUGCAACGAAUCUUACGGAUACGAGGCUAAACUGCCACGUGGGAUCGGUGAUAGUGGAGGACCUCUCAGCAUCUUCAAUCCUGAUUACGACUGCAUGUAUAACUUAAUCGGAGUAACAAGCUUCGGAAUAAUUUGCGGUGGGAUUGUUCCCGGUGUAUAUACUCGCGUGUACAAUUAUAUUUCGUGGAUAGAAAGUGUGGUAUGGCCAGAUAGAUAAUGUAGAUAUAUAUAUAUAAGAUAGAAUAUACAAUAAAUAUAUAUUUUGUAUUAACUUGUA